CCCAAAAACACUCCCAAAAUCCUCAAAAUUCGACAAUUCCUCUCUCAAGUCUCUCUCAACACCUUCCUUUCAGUAUCAAAGAGAUUCUCGCUUUUGUCUAACUUUAUCGUCUCUCUUCCUUUUUGCCUCCGAUUGGCUGAUUUUUUCUAUGGCCGCUUCUUACCGAAGCACCGACUGGUUUCCUCCUACUACUACUACUGGUUCAUUUACGGGCCUAAAUACUGACCAGAGUGUUCUCCAAGAUCAGGACAUAGUUAGCAGUCGCCCUUUUUGUGGACAGGGCACAGAAUCAUUUCACAUUGGAGCUGAUACUCCAAGGUCGAACCACUCACACUCGGAUGUUCCUAGCUUUGACAAAGUCUCUCCUGGCAUGAUAAAUGAAAUGUUUUACCAUAGUAAUGGUGUACCAUCAGAUUUUCAGAGGUCAUCUCUUUCUACCAGAAAUCAAUCAUCACUGCAGCAUUAUGGCGACCUCUAUGCUGAUGAUUCAAGAUAUUUCGUUCCUUUUCACUUAUCAAAUCAGCAGUAUCCAACCCCUGAAGAUAUUCAUCUUUCUCCGGAGUUUCACAUGUUUCAGGCGAACUCUAGACAUUUUGAUAGGCAUGUGAAUGAGAGAAACAGUAGUGAGAUUGAUAAUAUGAUGCGCGCUAGGGGAAAUUCUGUCUUAAGAGAUAAUAUAUAUGGAGAACCUAGGGGUAUGAAUCUCAACCCCUUCAGUGGAGAAAACAUGUUUCCUCCAUUGGCAUCUACCAGACCAUGUAUGAGACACCUUGGUUCAGCAGAAUUGCUGGCAAAUGAUUUUAAUAUGGGUCCAGCACAUGGAGGUUUGCAUGAUGCUUUUGAAUCUGCUGCAAACUUAAGUUACAGAGAGCAAGCAUAUGCUCAAUGCAAAAGAAGCCCUUUCUCUGCUUCUUCUUCUAGCCCAACUUGGGAGAAUGAUUAUAACUUGCCACCACUUGAUGAAGCAAGAAGUGAAAGCUACAAUGACUUCAGCCACUGCCCUGCCAUGCUUGAUAUGCUUACCGAGAGUAACAGAGGUCCGAGAGCAUCCAGGCUAAACAGUAAAAGUAAAAUGAUCUCUUAUGAUCGCGUUGAUCGUUUUUGUCAGCAAGAAUUGCUCUCCCAAUUCAGGGACGCAAAGUUCUUCGUUAUUAAGUCAUAUAGCGAGGAUAAUGUCCACAAGAGCAUAAAGCAUUGUGUUUGGGCAAGCACUAAAAAUGGAAACAAAAAGUUGGAUGCUGCCUAUCGUGAAGCAAAGAAAAAGGACGUGGCAUGCCCAGUCUUUCUCUUGUUUUCGGUAAAUCGCCUAUUUUUCUUCAUUACAAAUCAAAACUUGUUGGAAGCUCUGAGUGUUCAGACUGAUACCUUGCUUGGAAGAUAUAUACACUUGCUUGUUUAUUCAACCAUGAAACUGCAUUGUCAGGCCUUUGUCUUCCUAGAUUAACCGGCAUCACAUCAAUUCAUCUCAUGCUAUAUCUGUGUGUCUAUACUUCAAUCCACUGAGAUGAUACUGUUAAUGUUUUUUUUUUAUCGCUUUGGUUUGGAUCUGAAACUCAUAAUAGAAAAAGGGCUCAAAAACUUGAUUUCAGGUAAAUGCCAGUUCACAGUUUUGUGGAGUUGCUGAGAUGGUUGGACCGGUUGACUUCAACACAAGUGUAGAGUACUGGCAACAGGAUAGAUGGUCAGGACACUUCCCGGUCCAAUGGCUUAUUGUCAAAGAUGUUCCUAACAGUCUCUUUCGUCACAUCAUAAUUGAAAGCAAUGACAAUAAGCCUGUCACUAACAGUAGAGACACCCAAGAGGUGGGACUGGAAAAAGGUAUAGAGAUGUUAGAUAUAUUCAUCAGCUGUGAGAUGCGUUCUUCGAUCCUCGACGACUUUAACUUCUACGAAGAGCGACAGAUAGCUAUCCAAGACAGAAAAGCCAGACAACGUGCUGUUCUUGAAUCGCUCGCACUUUCUGCAACCUCUGCUCCAACAUAUUCUCUCCACGACGAUUUUGUAAGGGAAAUGUCCAAGCACUUUGCAGAGGCUUUGGCCUUGCAACACAGACCCAAAUAGACCUCUUCUCUUUUAGGACUUGGGAUUGGCUGAGGUUUAAUUAUGGUUUUUGGAUUUUGUACAUUUGAUAACGUACUUAAGGAGCAUAGGUUGUAAGAUAAAAUUCAAGGUUCUAAAAGUCGGUAUCUACACCUUCUUGACUAUUUGAAAGUUUAGUUUUCGACCAAAUAAGUUGUUAUGAUUAGCAUGUCAAAUGAAUAAUGGAAAAUGAAAUAGCAUAAA